CCUUGUCCACGUGUGUUCUAAGAUGGCUGCGUCCUGCAUGUGCUGUACGUGUAAACUGAGAAGCUAGUCAGUAGAAGUUUAUAUCGUGUUUUUGUCAGAAUAUUUUAUUUUUCGGCUCCUGUUGAGUUGACAGCCUCACUCCCUUACACGGCUCAAAAUAAAUUGGAGUAAAAUGGCUCAAAGGAAGAAGAGGUUUACUAAAAAGAGACGACAUCUGAACCGGGAUCCCGAUGUGGAUUCGGACGGUGGGGAGUUCGAGUUGGCGGCCGAGGUCAGCGAGGAAGACGAUUCCAGAAAGGCUGGCAGGACGGUCCCAGGCUUCCCCACAGCAGACUGCAUUUCUGAUGUGGAGCCGGACACCAGGGAGCUCGUUCGGGCCCAGAACAAGAAGAAGAAGAAAUCCGGAGGCUUCCAGUCCAUGGGGCUGGGUUAUCCUGUUUACAAAGGGGUGAUGAAGAAGGGAUAUAAAGUCCCAACACCAAUUCAGAGGAGGACCAUCCCGCUGAUCCUAGAUGGUAAGGAUGUGGUGGCGAUGGCCCGCACGGGAAGUGGGAAGACAGCUGCGUUCCUCAUCCCCAUGUUUGAGCGACUGAAGGCUCCCAGUGCCCAAACAGGUGCCCGUGCUCUCAUCCUGUCACCCACCCGCGAGCUGGCACUGCAGACCAUGAAGUUCACCAAGGAGCUUGGCAAGUUUUGUGGCUUCAAGACUGCACUGAUUCUCGGAGGAGACAGAAUGGAUGACCAGUUUGCUGCCUUGCACGAGAAUCCUGAUAUAAUCAUUGGCACACCGGGUCGUCUGAUGCACGUGGUCGUUGAGAUGAACCUGAAGCUGCACAGUGUGGAGUAUGUGGUGUUUGAUGAAGCUGACAGGCUGUUUGAGAUGGGCUUUGCAGAGCAGCUGCAGGGGGUUAUCCAGCGACUGCCAGAGAACCGUCAGACCGUGCUGUUCUCUGCCACUCUGCCCAAGCUGCUGGUUGAGUUUGCCCGUGCAGGUUUAACAGAACCAGUUUUAGUUCGACUCGAUGUGGACACCAAACUGAAUGACCAGCUGAAGCUUGCGUUUUUCCAUCUGAGGGUGGAUGAUAAGCCGGCUCUGCUGUUGCACUUGCUGAGGAACGUGAUGAAGCCGCAGGAACAGACAGUGGUGUUCGUAGCCACCAGGCACCAUGUGGAGUACCUGAAAGAGUUGUUGGUGUCGGAGGGGAUGGACUGUGCAUACAUCUACAGCGCCCUGGACCAGACGGCCAGGAAGAUCAACAUUGGGAAGUUUGUGCACAGGAAGGUGAUGGUGAUGAUAGUGACAGACGUAGCGGCUCGCGGGAUAGACAUCCCCAUGCUCGACAACGUCAUCAACUACAACUUCCCCUCCAAAGCCAAGCUGUUCCUGCACAGAGUUGGUCGAGUGGCGAGAGCAGGGAGGAGUGGUACAGCAUACAGCCUGGUGGCCCCAGAUGAGAUGGCCUACGUGUUUGACCUGCACCUCUUCCUAGGGCGCCCCCUGCAACUUGCAGGGCCCAGGCACAACCAGCCAGAUGAGGACGGCGUGUGUGGGCGAGUGCCGCAGAGUAUCCUGGACGAUGAGGAGGCUAUGCUGGUGACGGCUCACGAGAACUCGUUGGACCUGCAGAACAUGCGCCGCAUCUCUGACAAUGCCUACAUGCAGUACCUAAAGUCCCGGCCCAACCCCUCGCCCGAGUCAGUCAAGAGAGUCAAGGAGACAGACUUCUCCAGCCUCGCAGUCCACCCCCUCCUCGGUUCUGUGCUAGAAAAUGUGGAGUUGGAGAGACUGAAGGUGGUUGACAGCAUCAAACAAUAUAAAUCCAGAGCAACAAUUUUCGAGAUCAAUGCGACCAAUAAGACCACAGCGGGUGAGGUGAUGCGAGCAAAGAGGAGUCGAGACAUGCGACUGGUCGACAAGUUCCAGAAAUCUCGCAAGGACAAGGCAACGGAGAGCUUGCUGGGCCGGUCUGCUGCCAGCCUGCCGCGGGCAGAGUCAGACGAGGAUAGCAUCCAGAAUGUGUUUUCAGAAGUGCUUGGUGGCAAGAGGAAGACGCCACAGAGUGAAAUGGACGCUCCCAACAAGCGAGCCAAGGAGGCAGGGCGUGAUGAAGAGUUUUACAUCCCGUACCGACCCAAGGACUUCGACUCUGAGAGAGGGCUCAGUAUGCAAGGAGAAGGCAGCACAUUCGAGCAGCAGGCAUCGGGGGCAGUCCUGGACCUCAUGGGGGACGAAGGGGACAAGAUGAACCAGCACAAGCACAUGAUGAAAUGGGACCGCAAGAAGAAGCGCUUUGUGAGGGAGACGGGGAAGGGGGACAAGAAAAAGACCGUGAGGAUUGAGAGCGGUCAGCUUGUCAGCAAAUCCUUCAAGAAAAACUUCUACGAGGAGUGGAAGAAGAAAUACAAGGUGGAGGACGGAGUGUCUGACAACGAAUCAGGAGGAGAGGGAGGUGGCAGCCGGGCCAGGACAGCGGGAGGGGGAGGUAGAGGAGGCAGAGGAGGCAGGAGGGGCGGCAGAGGAGCCCCCAUCCCACCGAGACAGACCCCGGUGCAGAAGUCCCGUCCGGAGCUGAAGAGCCGCGAUCAGAUCCUGAAGCAGCGCAAGAAGAAGCAGAAGCAACAGUUCCUGCAGAGCGGGGGCCUCCAGAAGCUUCGGAGCAAGAACCAGCCGCGCCUGCAUGAGAUGAAGAGGUCCGGCUUCGGGAGGGGCGCCGUCAAAAAAGGCAAGCUGCGCAAGAAGCUGUGAGGGGAAGGGGAGCUGCUCAUCGACGCGCCAUUGCAAAGGAGAGUGGUUGGGACCUGUCUGGACUGAUUUAAUAAUUGGCCCUUCUGCUUAGCCUUAAUCUUGGUGGUGCAUGGACAACCUCCUAACACAGACAGUCUGCUCUGAGCCUGAAUUCAUCCCUUUUAAUCCUUUGAUUCCCAAUGUUAUUCCUGAACACUGGGAUUUAAAAAACAAACUGCAUUUUUGUUCACAUAGCAACCAGUGGGGUAAUUGUUUUAUAGCCUAGUUUGGAAUUCUAAACAGAACGCAGAUACUGGACAGACAUUUGUAAAAAAUAACUUGUUUAAACCGUUUAAUUUAAUUAGAACACAAAUGUAUUGCAUAGGCAUUUAAUUAGGGAAUUCAAGGGUUCAAGUUUGGGGAUUUAAAUUAUUUACAAACUCAGAACAGUAUUUGGUAUUUGUUUAUAAAACCUGUGCUUCAUUGAAAUUAAAUUGCAGCAAGACUGUGGUCAGUCUCCCUAACUGGCAAAAACAUAUGACUAUAACAAGACUAGGAGCAUCUUUUUUAAUGAUAGAUUUGGGUUAACAUUAUAGAACAAUGGUGCUCUUUGCUUCCAAGCUGUAUUUGUGUUGUCCCAAUGGGCUAGAAACACCCAGAAACAAUCUGCUCUACUUUAAUGAAUAAAGAUCCUUUUACAA